AUGGUCGUCACGCAAUCCAAAGGGAUUGCCCGGAUUGUGCUUUCUCUGGCCGCUCUCUCCGCACUGCUGAUAGUCUUCUACAACUACUCGACCGCCAUCCCCGGUGCCUCUUCUCUCCUCCCUACUGGCGACAAAUUCGUACGACCAAAGACCGGAGGUUCACUGAAAGGAAUAGACCCGCUUCUCAAUCCCGAAAAGGGGCCUCCAGGGAAACUAUGGGCCCCCGGCGAGACGAACCGAACAUCCGCGACGUUGCUGUCGCUGGUAAGGAACAACGAGUUAGAGGGUAUGAUCAGCGCCAUGAGGGACCUGGAACGCACCUUUAAUCACAAAUUUAAUUACCCGUGGACAUUCUUCAACGACGAGCCCUUCUCGGCGGAGUUCAAGGAGCGGACAAGGAAAGAGACAAAGGCAGAGGUUCGAUAUGAGAUUAUUCCCAAGGAGCAUUGGGAGAUCCCAUCAUGGAUUAGCAAGGAUUUGAUGAAGGAGUCUGCCGAGAUCUUGACCGAGAAGAAGGUCCAAUACUCAAAGCUCGAGAGUUACCACCAAAUGUGCCGCUGGAACUCUGGGAAAUUCUACGAGCACCCCGCUCUUGCUGAUGUCCGGUGGUACUGGCGUGUUGAGCCCAAAGUCCACUUCUUCUGUGACGUUGACUACGAUGUCUUCCGUUACAUGGAGGACAACGAUAAGACCUACGGCUUUGUCAUCAACAUCUACGACUCCCCCGAAUCCAUUGAAACACUCUGGCCCCAGACUCUCGAGUUCAUUGCAGAACAUCCCGAGUAUAUCCACCCCAACAAUGCUCUCAAGUGGCUCACAGACUCGAAGAACCGUCCCAACCACAACCACAAAGCAAAUGGAUACUCGACAUGCCAUUUCUGGAGCAAUUUUGAGAUUGCCGAUAUGAACUUCUGGCGAAGCAAGAAAUACAAGGACUACUUUGACCACCUUGACCGCGCUGGUGGCUUUUUCUAUGAGCGAUGGGGUGAUGCCCCAGUCCACAGUAUUGCCUUGGGUCUUUUUGAAGACAAGAGCAAAAUCCAUUGGUUCCGUGACAUUGGCUACCAACACAUCCCCUACUUCAACUGCCCCUCAUCACCAAAGUGCCGCGGCUGCGUAGCGGGCCGCUUCACAGACGGUACAGGCCUUGACCAAGAGGACUGCAGAGCAAACUGGUUCGAAUUUGCGCAUAUGGAUUAA